AUGAAGCUGACUACAGUGGGAGCUCUGUGCCUAUUCUUUACUAGGGCACCUCCGGUUUCUGCCGUGGUAUCCCCGACAGUUCAAAGUGGAAUGACAGUGUCUGUCUUGCGAGUGGCUUCGGCUGGCGGCCAGCCUUCACAGAUUGUCGUUGGGUCUGAAGAGACGCAGUAUGCAAUUGGCAUGGACUCCUCAGGCCGCUUCGUUGUCGCAAGCAAUCGCUCUCCUCUCCUUGUGGUCGACUCGGAAGAUAAUAUGACAGUGACGGCCAGGAACUUCGCUGCCUCAUCUCUUGACUUGAGAGGCGACUUGCAGGUCAACGGGGUCAAGCAGUUUCGCAUCGCUGCGAGGGAGGACGUUUCCUCUGGAGAAGCAACAGGCUGGGAUAACGCGGCUUCCAGAGACAUAGUAUCGAAGUGUGCCGGUAUUACCAUGCUGGGUGGCUUCGGAAAAUUUGCAAGGGGCGAAGUUACAAAGAAGUUCGGCAAGCUGCGGCCUCAUACGGAGCUGCGUGUCAAAGCUACGUUCCACUUUAUUGAUGCAUGGGCUGGCGAAACGGGUUUUAUGCGGCUGGACAUUGGCGAGCAUGGGCAGCUCACUCACAUUUGGGCAGAGCGCCACUCGCAGGACAUGGAACAAGAGGCCGUAAAUGUUUGUGGAGGAGCUGUUGGAGAAGGAAAAUUUGCGGCACCAAUUGAUAUUACUGUGUCACACAGUGACGACUAUGUUACUGUAGGUUUCGGAAGCACGAUACAAGAAGAUGAUCCCUUCGAUCAAUCUUGGGGAGUCUCCGGGAUCGAGAUUUACAUUCGAUGA